CGGCCCGCUCCGGCGCGGCGCUGGUGUGGGGCGGCGCUCGCGGAGGGAGCCUGCCGUUCCGCGGAGGCGUUAGAAGCCGUGUCCGAGGCUGGUAGCAGACCGCCUGGGCCGUAUGUGCAGUCAGGGCAGGCCUUUCGCGAUCUGAAGGCGCUAAAGGGUUCGACGAAGUCGGUGGUAGUUAGUUGUUUAAGUCUUCAGCAGCAUCGAAAAUGGCAUCCCAAGAGGAAAUACUGCGUGAUGGACGGUUUAGCCGUAUUACUAGGGAUCCUAGAUUCUGGGAAAUACCAGAAGAAGAUUAUAAAGUGAAGAUUGAUAAACGAUUCCGAGCUAUGUUUCAUGACAAGAAGUUCAAGCUGAAGUAUACUGUGGAUAAAAGAGGUCGUCCUGUUAACUUUAGCUCUGUAGAGAACCUCAGAAACUUUUAUGCCCUGUCAGAGUCUGACUCGGAUCUUUCAGAAAAUGAUAGUAAAGUACAUACUGAGAAGAAAACAAAGAAAAAGAAAGCUAAGCCUAAAGGAAAAGUAGAUGCUGCAAAAGGUAUUGCUGAUGGUCUCCCUACGGAGGAGAAAAAACCAAACAAACAGGGGAUGGACCAAACAUGUAAAGCUGUGCCUAAAUUAGAUGAUCAUCAGAUGGAAGGACAGAAAAUUGCAUGUAAAUCCAAGUUGAAAGAAGACUGUAAGAAAACCACAACAGAAAUUGAUCACUGGAAGGGAAACAAGGGCCUCAGACACAAGGGGGAAAGUAGACAAGGAGAUGCAUCAAGAGGAAGAUCACAUUCAGUUCAAAAUGAGCAGAAGACUUCACAACCGUGUGGUACUAAAUCACUGAAGGCUCCUACGGUGGAACAUUCUCUACGAGAAAAAGUAGAAGAAUCAGCGACUCUGUGCACAGCCAUCUGUGAUCAAAGUGACAUCAAUAAAAAUCAACCAGAGAAAGAAAUUUGUGAAAGUGAAAACUAUUCUGAGUAUGCAGAAUCUGAAGAAGAGGAGUCAGAAGAUGAUGGGGUGACAGGCGAGGAAGAGGAGUCAGAAGAUGAGGAAACAAACGAGGAGGAUAGUGAUUCAGAAGAUGAAGAAAGCGAUAUUGGGCCUGAUCUAGCUAGGGGCAUAGGGAAUAUUGAAACGAGCUCUGAUGAUGAUGAAGAUUUCAGUGACCUCUUUCCAAAGGAGCCAGAGAUUGAGCACUCAUGGGGCGAGCUAGAUAAAGAUGCCCCUCGUGGAGAUGAGAUUACAAGUAGAUUGGCAGUUUGUAACAUGGAUUGGGACAGGCUGAAGGCUAAGGACUUGCUGGCUCUAUUUAAUUCUUUCACACCCAAAGGAGGUGUUAUAUUUUCUGUUAAGAUUUAUCCUUCAGAGUUUGGAAAAGAAAGAUUGAAAGAAGAAGAACUCCAAGGACCUGCAGAACUAUUUGAUCUUCCAGAGAAUACCACAGAGAAAGACGGGCUUUAUAAGGAAAAACUGAGAGAGUAUCAAUUCAAGCGACUGAAAUACUUCUAUGCAGUGGUAGAAUGUGAUUCUCCUGAAACAGCCAAUAAAAUAUAUGAGGAAUGUGAUGGACUGGAAUUUGAAAGUAGCUGUUCUUUUAUAGACCUAAGAUUUAUUCCAGAUAAUGUUACAUUUGAUGAUAAGCCAAAAGAUGUAGCCUCAGAAGUGAAUGUAGCUGCAUAUAAACCAAAGUACUUUACAUCUGCUGGUAUGGUAACAUCAAAGAUAGAUAUCACAUGGGAUGAAACAGAUCAUGAAAGAGUAACGUCACUUAGCAGAACUUUUAACAAAGAGGAACUUCUUGACAUGGAUUUUCAAGCCUACUUGGCUUCAUCCAGUGAAGAAGAAGAAGAAGAAGAGAAGCAAGAUGGUGAUGUAGCUCAUGAAAUGGAAGGUGACAAACCCAAGAAAAGCCAAAAAGAUGAUGAAGAGCAAAUUGCCAAGUACAGAGAACUUUUACAAAGCAUCCAAGAAAAGGAGAAAAAACAGGAAGAAGAUGAUAUAGAAAUGGAGGUUAAAUGGGUUCCAGGCCUCAAAGAAAGUGCUGAAGAAAUGGUCAAAAACCGGUUAGAAGGAAAGGACAACCUAACUCCAUGGCAAAAAUAUUUAGAGAAGAAGAAAGAAAAACGAAAUCUUAAAAAAAAAAGAAAGGCUACUGCUGAGAGAGAAUUGAGUGGAGAUGAACUUCCAUCUGAUGUCGAUCUGAGUGACCCAUACUUUGCUGAAGAGUUUGGGAAAAUAGGUUUAAGGAAGAAGGCAAAAUCAACUGAAAGUGCUGCAGAAGAUGAAACUGAAGUUGAAAACCAGAAGGCUGAAAUGGCCCUACUUAUGAUGGACGAUGAAGAUGAUGACAGAAAACACUUUAAUUAUAAAAAGAUUGUUGAACAACAGAAUUUGAGCAAGAAGAAAAAGAAACUCUUAAUGAAAAAGAAAGAAUUAUUAGAGGAUGACUUCCAGGUUAAUGUUGCUGAUACAAGAUUCCAAGCCAUGUUCACUUCCCCACUAUUUAAUUUGGAUCCUUCAGAUCCAAAUUUCAAGAAGACGAAAGCAGUAGAAAAGAUCUUGGAAGAGAAAGCUCGCCGAAGAGAACAAAAGCAGGAAGAUCUUAAGGAAGCAAGCAGAAGUCAGGAGAAUAAGAUGGCAAAGAAGGGAGAGGCAGAGAUGGCAAAGAUGGAUAGAAAGGAGAAGAAAUCCAUAGAUCCUGCCUUAUCUAUGCUAAUAAAAUCUGUCAAAAAUAAAACUGAACAAUUUCAGGCAAGGAGAAAGCAGAAAGUUAAAUAACUUUUACUGGGACUUUACUUUAGUCUGUGUUCUUCUAACUCACAACAUCUUUUAAAAUUCUUACAGUAUGCUCUGAUUCCUACAGACCAAAGUUUUCCUGAAAAGUCACUUCAUUUUUGCAGCGAGUUUUGAAGUAACUAGAGUCAUGAUAACUCUUUCCUUGUGCCCCAACAAAUACCUUCUUUUACUAUUAAUGAAAAACUACUAUUGGAACUCAUAAGUAUAAAUCUGAUGUUUUCAGAGCUGUUAAUUUUAUAGCAUGCUGUCACUCAAAAAUGCUGGAAAUGCUGAAGAUGGCUACAAAAAUCAUCAUAAUUAGAUUGUAUUUAUAAGAAAAAUACUACUGCAAAGCAUUAGAGUUUGGACUAAUUGUUAGAGAAAAUCUGUCUUAAAAUAUUUUUAAUUCUGCAUCAGUCUGUAAACAUAUCUCGGAUAAAAAAAUAGUAAUACAACUAAAAAUAAAAAUGGAAACAAUUUUUAUACAAGCUUUUUCAUCUUUUUAAAUGAUUGCAUAUACUCCAUUUCAUUGAUUUUUCUUUAAAUAAAUUAAGAGUUCUGGAUCAUGGAGAACUAGUUAAUGGAAAAGGUGCAAUUUAGGAGAGUUUAAUUAAUAGAUACUGGAAAUAAAUGGUUAAAAUUGACGUGAAGUAAUUUGAGGCACUUACUUAUACUAUUUUCUUCUGAAUCCUUUUCCUGUGCCAGUAUUGGUAUCUUCAUAUUUAAUAGCCUUCAAUGGACAAACUCAAAGAAAAAACUAAAGAAAAACUAUACCUGUAUUAAUUUUUUUCUUUCCUGCUACUAAUGUUGCAUUCCCAUUAAUAUAGUUCCACCCAGCAUUGCAAGUAUUAAAAAGAUGUCAAAAGCAGAUCUAGAUGAUAAAAUUUUAGAAGCGGUAGACAUUGGGCCCUGUUAGUGUUAGUGUCACUGAUGAACAUAUCAACAAUGCAGGAAAAUUAAAUACAGACAGGUAAAAAAUUAUCUUUCUUCCCUGGAGUGUGGAAAUUAAUGUUUGACUAACUUUUCUUCCUUUUUAUUUUUUUUUUUUUUGAAGUAUUUGCUGAUGGAAACACGGUAUUUUGUCAAAAAGGAAAGACAAAUUCAGAAUUGAGGUACUGAAAGAAUUUGUAAUGGUUAAAAAAUACAGUUCCUUCCUAAAGCAUUUUACUAAUGUAAACAAAGAAUGUCACUGAAGCUGAAAUUAGAACCUAAAGACAAUCAAAACUAGUGUAUACAUGAAGUAUGUCUUAAUAUGUGAAGGAGAUCACUGAGCCAAAUUUAGCAAAUGAGAGACUAUAUUCCUAAUGGCAAAACUGACAAAAUGCAAUAAGACAGAAUCUGGUAAUACAAAUGAAGAUGAUUUUUGCAAGAAUAUUUUGCAGUAAUGUGGUUGAAUACUUGUAGGCCUUGGGUAUUAAAAAUGUAGUUGCUUUUCAUUAACUGCACUAGUAUCUUCAGAUUCAUUUUCAAGUAGCUAACAGAAAAAGCUGAGAAGAUAAUGUGGUGAAUUUUGUGGAUAGCUGUGAUCCAGCUUCUGUGACUUUUAGCCGUUCAAGGAAUAUGGCAAGACCUGUCAAACCCAUUUUGAAGUUUGGAACUGAUCAACUGUGAUGGAGAAAAGGGUUAAGUAUCUCUAGAAACACCGGGUAACCUCUGAACAUGCCUGUACAGUGGAGAACAACAUAAUGAUAUUUAGUCAGAUGCAAAUUUACGAAGAGAGGAAAGAUACUUUGAGACAGAAAUAUUCCAUCUCGAGAAGUAUCCCUGCAUCUCUGUCAAGCAAAAGGCAGCAGAUACAACUUGAGGAAGUAUAAGUCAUACAGGAGUGUUACACAAGUGUAUCUCACGUGAGCCAUGAAAGAGGAGACAAACUUCUCUUGUAAUUCAGAAACUAAUUUUAAUUUUACAAUAAAAAUUUGAAAAAGUAAGUAGUUUUCUUUAAUGCAGUUGCUUAAUAUUGGCACGUGAGAGACUAUAAUGUGAUUUCCAGGUAUUGAAGUAAAGUGACACUAAACUGAAAAUGUAAUAUUUUUACAUACUGGCUAUUUGUACAGGCUUUUCUAAGUAUGAUUCAUUGUAUGGCUAAUACAUUGUACAAAUAUGAAAUGCACUAAAGACAGUAGCUUAUAUUUAAUAAGAUUGAGUGAUUGGAUACACUAGAAGUACUGGUGACUGAAGGACCUGUAUUUAUGAAAAAUGUACUAAGUGUGUGGAAAACUGGACAGACUAGAACAAAACCGAACUGGAACAAAAAUCAGACAAAAGAUGCAUUUAGCCUAGUGCCUGGUUAUUGGCCCAGUGGCCGAAAACAGAAGACAAAAAAUGGUGUAUUUAUAAUAUUAUUCCUCAGGUAGCAUUCUGUCCUCCAGCAAUUUGUUGCUCAAGAUUUCCUGUGCCAGUAUUGGGACCUUCAUAUUUAAUAGCCUUCAAUGGACAAACUCAGAAAAACCUGUUGCUUUCUGAACGCCUGAAAACUGUUAGCACCCACAGUAUCCUUUGCCAAUGGAUUCCACAGAUUAACCGUGCGUUAACCAUGCAUUGUGUGAAUAACUUCUUUGGUUUUGAACCUGCUGUAUGCUAAUUCAUUUUUGGACAGUUGCUUGUUAUUCAUGUUACUUAAGAUUUUUAUUGAUUUCUAUCUUUUCUCCUCAGUUGUUCUUUUCAAGGCUGUAUGGAAGCGGUUCUCUACAUUUCACCAAGUGGAUAAGUUCGUAAUUGUUCAAACUGUUUCUUCCAAAAAAAAAAAAUAAUUUGGGGUAAGACUAACUGUUGAAGGUAUUUUCUUUGUAAAAGUAUGCUUUUAUUCUUGCUUCAAAACUCAGUUUUUCCUGCAUUUGAUGCACAUGCUCUUGCAAAGGAGCGUUCCUUGUCUGUGUAUUAACAGUAGGCAUAGGCUGCUGUUUUGACUCCCUACCAGUAACUGAGUAGCUUUUACUCUAUCUGUGCUUAUUUUUUCAGCUCUAUGCUGGACAACUUUACUGCUGGAAAACUGUGUGUGGUGUCAGUGAGUUUCUUCUCAUCAGGAAUGCCCAGAUAUGCUGAAUGACAAGUGCUGUAAAACCCUUAAAUAGACCAUCUGUACUUUUGAAAUGUAUCUGUCCUGUAUAGUAACUUUGCUAGAGGACUAAUCUGAAAAAAAAUUGUUAUAAAAUUAAAGACUUUUAAGUACUGAUUCAAAUUAGGUGCUGUAAAUUAUGAAGUAUCUCCUGCUCAUGUGUACAGGCGUUGGCCAUCUUUUUUGGCAGAUUAAAGUGUCUGAACAUGUUUUGAAAUGUGUUCAGUUAGG